AUGAGGACACGGUUGAUCUUCCUUGGCCUUGCCGUACUUACUGCGGUCGAGGCUGGAUCCGAAUAUGACUAUCAGCCUCGACUGAGGUCGGGUAUGAUAAUCAGUACCCAAGACAGACAGUUAGCCGAAACAGCGGGGAACAGUAGUGGUAGUAGUGCAACAUCCGGCAAUAGUACUGAUACAGCAGCCAAUGCAACAGAAGUUGCAGCUCAAGCAGGUACUAAUGGCACCCAAGUUGCAGCUCAGGCGAGCGCCAAUGGAACUGAAGUUGCAGCCGAAGCGAGUGCUAAUGGCACACAGGUUGCAGCUGGAGCAGGUGCUAAUGGAACAGAAGUUGCCGCUCAAGCAGGAGUCAACGGAACAGAAGUUGCAGCUCAAGCAGGAGCCAACGGCACACAAGUUGCAGCUGGAGCGGGUGCUAAUGGAACAGAAGUUGCUGCUCAAGCAGGAGUCAACGGAACAGAAGUUGCAGCUCAAGCGAGUGCUAAUGGCACACAAGUUGCAGCUGGAGCGGGUGCUAAUGGAACAGAAGUUGCCGCUCAAGCAGGAGUCAACGGAACAGAAGUUGCAGCCGAAGCGAGUGCUAAUGGCACACAGGUUGCAGCUGGAGCGGGUGCUAAUGGAACAGAAGUUGCCACUCAAGCAGGAGUCAACGGAACAGAAGUUGCAGCUGAAGCGAGUGCUAAUGGCACACAGGUUGCAGCUCAAGCCAAUGCUAGUGGAACUAUACCAGCAGUUGUAGUUGCAGCGAACACAUCGGCUGUGCCUCCAGCAACAGAGGAGAAAGAGGAGGAUAGUGGUGGUGGUGGUGGCAUAUUAGGUGCCAUUGCGAGCGUGUUGGGCUUUGGAGAUGAUGAAACACCCGCUCCUGCCCCUGUCGAAGAAGUUCCCGAAGAGGAUGAUGGAGGGGGCUUGCUGGGUGCUGUGGAAGGAUUGUUUGGCAUGGAAGUGAACGAACCGACGCCACCGGUCACACUACCACCCGUUACCUUGCCACUCGCUGGUGCCGUCGGCGCCAGCGACAGUGGACUACCACCGGGCCUGAAUGCGGACUUGCUUGCCCAGGCGGGUCAAGCAGCAAGUAAUGGCACCAUCUCUGAUCAAGCCGUUGAAGGUUUGCAAAACUGGCUCGGAUUUGAUGUUGACGGCGAAAUUGGGAAUGGAACCAAUAAAGGACAUGUUGUCAACGGCGACUCGAAGAACUCUGAGACUCCCCCCAGUAAUUCCAGCUCUAAGACUCCUGCUCCAGAAGAAAUUGAUGUCGACGCCGGCGACGACGCCGAAGAAGACGCCGAAGAAGACGUCGGCAACUUCACUGGCUGUGCUAAUUGCCCAACCUUGUCGCCGCUUGACACAAUUUUGGAUGGAUUCAAAGGUCUCUUUGGCAUGCGGGACACUCAAGAUCCAUCUGUUGCUGAUCCUGGAGAUGCCGAAAAGUCCGGGAAUGAAACUGAAGUGGAAGAGGCAGUUUCUGGCAAUGAAACCAACACUACUGGCGGGGAAGAAGCACCCGAAACGGUUGAUGCGGAUGAAGAUGCACAAGAAACGGAGCUGAAGGAUGGAGAAGGUUCCCAACCGCCGGCUGGUGGUGGUUCGGUUCAAGAGGUUACCCUGCCUCCUGCCGCAGAGCCUCAGACAAAAUCACCCACUGCUGCUCCCGUCACUCUGCCCCCCGUCACUCUGGCACCAACACCCUGUGACAUUUGCAAGGAACCUCCCAAGAUCAGCGACGUCCCCGACGACAAAACCAUUUGCCCACAUGACUACAUCCUUCCCAAAUCCAACGUCAUUACUGCCAAGGACGCUUGUGACAAUGAUGUGUCCAAUAGUACCAGUACGACCGUCAAGCAAGCGGAGGAAUUAGUUAACAACAACACGUGUGUCGGACAGAUUGUCAAUAUCUGGACGGUGGAUAUCCCUUCUUGCAACGCCAGUGCGCCAGUCACGGCGAAACAAACGCUAAAGAUCGAAGACCUGGAUCCUCCACAAUUUUCUGAUGCAGUCUUACCUGAUCUUGUGUACACAUGUCCCUCGGAUUACAACGAGUCUCUGUUGCAGCAUCCCUUUGCCACGGACAACUGUGACUCCUUGGUCAGUGUCAUUCCCCAGACAGGCUACUUGGAGGGUUGUCAAGACUUGGAUGUACUAUGGGUUGCCACCGAUGAGUGUGGCAACGAAGCCACAAUGUCGCAAACCGUCAAGAUUGACGAUGCUAUGGCGCCCAUUCUCAUGUCUACUGCCCCCCACGACGAAAUUCUUAGCUGCGCUGAUUCCAUCCCACCCAUGAAAAUGCUUAUGUUUAUCGACAACUGUGCCGGUGAGUUUGAAGUCAACGGCACAGACGACAGCACGGGCGGAGGCUAUUGUGACGGUGAUGUCACAGUACGAACCUGGGAUGGUCCCAGCGAUGUCUGUGGCAACCAAGCUGACAGUGUCACACAACGUUUUACCGUCUUGGAUCAGUCCGCACCGAUCCUCGACUCAUCAAGCAUGGAGAAAGUCGCAUUGAAAUGUCCUAAUCACUUCAACGUGAAUGACUUGACAGUUCCCAAUGCGACCGAUGAUUGUUCGGCUGCGGAUGAUAUCACCGUCAUCCCACAGGCCCCAAACGUGGUUGGAUGCGAAGAUCUGGUUGUGAUGUGGGAGGCCAAAGACGAAUGUGGAAACACUUAUGUUGCUAAUCAAAUUAUCGAAUUCACCGACUCGACGUCUCCAAUGCCCUUCAAUGGCACCGCGCCUCCCGACGUGACGCUGCACUGCAAGGAUCCAUUCCCAGCAAGCGAGAAUCUGGUUUUCGUUGACAAUUGUGACGACGACGUAGACGUCACUUCCGUUGAUGAGGACAUCGGAGGGAGCUUUUGUGAUGGAAAGGUAACCAUUCGCAAGUGGCAAGGGCCCACCGACACUUGCGGAAACAGUGCCAGCGAAGUGACUCAAAUGAUCACUGUUGUUGACCAAGAAGCUCCGACUCUUCCAGAACAUGUCGAGGAAGCACUCUAUACGUGCCCAAGUGACUUCCAAUUAUCCAAUCUAAAAUCGCCGGAUGCCAGCGAUGAUUGUGACCAGUCUGUGACAGUUACUUCGACGUUCACACCAUCCGAAGACACGUGCGGGAACAUUACUGUAAAAUGGACGGCCACCGAUGUGUGCAACCAGAAGAGCAGUGUCAACCAGACGGUAUUCUUCGGCGACAACGAAGGGCCUGUCCUUCAGGGCAACGCACCCGUAGAUGUCACGUUGAAGUGCAAGGACGAGCACCCAGACGCCUCAACGCUGACCUUCAAAGACAACUGUGGAGAAGAAUUUCAUGUAGAGGCAGUCGAGAUGGCGCCUACGGGCAGUGUUUGCGAGGAAAGAAUACUCGAGCGUUACUGGCUAGGGCCCACAGAUGAAUGCCACAACUCGGCACUCAACUACAGUCAGACUAUUAUCAUCAAAGAUUCGGAGGCUCCAGCGCUACCAAAAUCUUUGAGCGACCUCUCCUAUACCUGCCCACAAGAUUUCAAGCUCGAAGAGGUGGAUAAGCCCAGCGCCACGGACGAUUGCUCAAUAGCCGUCAACGUGAAUGGUACUGUACCGUCACCUGUGGAGGCAUGCGCAGCAACCUCAAUCCUAUGGACAGCAACCGAUGAUUGCAAUAAGACAGCUAGCAUCAACCAGAAAGUGGUUUUCACGGAUACAAUCGCCCCCACUGUUGUCGGGGCCUCUCCAACCGAUAUAACUGUUGGAUGUGGACAGUUCCCGAAAGAAGAGAAACUCGUCUUUUGGGAUUACUGUGCAGGCGAUCUUGAAGUUUUCUCCAAGGAUUCCCUGCCCAGUGGAAAUGUCUGCCAAGGACAAACGUUUGUUCGUACCUGGGAAGGGCCCAGUGACACUUGUGGGAACACUGCCAGUGCGGUCACCCAAAGCAUCGUCGUGAUGGAUCUCGGGGCACCAAGUCUCCCCGAAAGCCUGCCGGAUGUCAUUCUUUUCUGCCCCAUCGACUUCAACGAGCAUGAGUUGGUAGCUCCAAAUGCUACCGACGACUGCGAUAAGUCCGUAGUGGUGGAACGGGAGGUCCCUGUUUUCCUUGAUAAGUGUGCCGAACAAUUCGACAUUGUGUGGACCGCAGUGGACGAGUGUUCCAAGACGGAUGUGGUCACCCAGAAGGUUAGGUUCGAAGGAACCCAGAAGCCUUCCAUCACAUGUCCAACAGUGAUCGGAGACUACACUGGUGGUGGCGGCACUUUCUCUCAUGGAGUGGACUAUGGAGAUUGCUACACGGCCGACGAUGUCACCAUCACCUAUGAGGCAAGCUGCUCAGACUGCAAUGGAGAUUCCUGCGCCAUUGAGAUGUCUUCGAACGGAGCCGAUUUGACCAUUUCAGGAGCCCCAGAUAUUUCAAGCCUGGUAUGGACGGCUAAACUCGACUAUGGCUGUGGCGUUGUCGAUGUCACAUGCACUGUUGGUGAUUGUCCUGCGUAA